UCCCAUCAAGAAUGCCUAGAGGAAACGAUGGAGACCAUGAACCGUCGUCUACAGGCCGUCGAGCACCAGAACAAGGAGGCGGAAGCUAGGAUGCAGACGUUCAUAGCAGAGCAUUUAUCGUUGAUGUCCCUGAUGUGAGAGAUGCUGAAGCCAGGGAAGGGAGAAGGAUCUACCAGCGCUGAUCGCCCGGAGACAGCAGACGGUGAGAUGAGACCUCCUCCAUCUUCUUCCCUAACUUCAAUUCCGCCACUGCAUCCACCUCCUCCGCCGUCAGCAGAAGGUACACUGAUACUUUCACCGGCUGUUAGAGACAGAGGACUGGGUCCGUCACCGUGGAAGCAGCCCCGUAUGGACUUUCGUCGAUUCUCUGGUGAGGAUCCCUUCAGUUGGAUCUUCAAGGCAGAACAAUUCUUCGAUUGUCAUAACAUCAAAGGGGAUCAAUGGGACAGUCACGCCGCAGUGCACUUUGAGGGAGCCGCCAUCAAGUAGUAUAGGUGGCUCGUGACGCAGCAGGGGAGGACGACGUGAGCAGGGCUGAUCGAUGCAAUGAAGGCUUGGUUUGGACCGUCAGCGACUCAGCAUAUGUAGACUACAACCUCUAGCUGAUGAAAAUUAGACAAAAAGGCACCGCGGUUGAGUACCAAGAGCGCUUUGAGGACCUCAGCAAUAUGGUAUGGUUCGUGCCCUUAGACGCCUGAUAGGAGCGUUUGUCAGGGGACUGCAGAACUAUCUGCGCAUUGAGGUUCAGGCGGCCAAGCUUAGAAACCUAUCCGAAUGCUUUGAAUUAGCUCGACUGGUAGAGGAAAAGCAACACAGAUUGAGCUAUGGCAGUCGGAUAUUGUAUUCAGAGCGGAACCAACGUCAGCCAACAACCCUGCAUACAGAUACAACUGCAGCACCCGCAGCUACUCCGAAGGCGAACCAAAUGGGACAACAAGUGGUCUGUCGCCUUACGCCAGAUCAGAUUAAGAAGAAGCAUCUUCCAUUGUGACCAACCAUGGACACCUGGCCACACCUGUCGAAAACUUCACAUGUAUCUUGUAGAAGACGACGAUGAACCGCCAGAUGAAUUGGAAGGAGAAACUAAUCCAGCGCCAAUCGUGGGGGAAGCUGCAGUGGUUACUGAUGGUACUCCCCCUGAAAUCUCUCUCCAUGCACUGGCAGGGCACGAGGUUCCUCAGUUGAUGCGGGUAGAGGGCCAGCUUCAAGCCAGAAGGGCAAGCACCCUGGUGGCUACGGGCUCUACCCCUAAUUUUAGCUGCGAGAAAUCAGCAAGAGCUCUACGCUGCCGAGUGGAGAAUCAACUUGGGGCUACAUUGAAGUGUAGGGGCAAGUGCGCGCAAGAGAUCCUAGACAUCGAGGGUCACAAGUUUCCAGUGGAACUCUUUACGCUGGCAAUAGUAGACCUGGUGUUAGGAGUGCAGUUCCUGUGCAGCCUAGGCGAAGUCAUGUGGGACUUUGUGGGAAUGAGGACGCAUUUUGGCCAGACAAAAGAAGGGCGCCAAACUACGGAAGCAAUCCCAAGAAAACAGAUUACUAAACAAAAGACGUUGAAGAUGAUGAAGGGACCGGCGACUUCUCUUAUGCUGUUAAUGGCUAUGCUGUUAAUGGCUGUAGUAAAAUCAGAGGAAAAGACAAAACAGAAGUUGCAGGAGCAGAGACAUAUAUGCCAAGGACAUCUACAUGCCUUAUUGAAGGAGUUUAAAGUGGUUUUUGAACUCUCCAAGGGUAUGCCCCCACAGUGAACAUAUGAUCAUCACAUCAAACUCCAAGGUGGGGCUGGAGCAGUCAAUAGACGACCCUAUCGAUACAGUCGACACCAACGACAAGUGCUGGAAGAAUUGGUGAACGAGAUGAUUAAGGAGGGCAUUAUACAACCCAGUUGCAGUCCAUUUGCAUCCCCAACAUUGCUGGUUAGGAAGAAAGAUGGAGGAUGGAGGUUUUGUGUAGAUUAUGCGUGUUAAAUGCCAUAAUGGAUGGCGCCUCACAACAUGCCCAAAACUGCAUUCCAGACUUACGACGGACAUUAUGAGUUUAAGGUGAUGUCUUUUGGACUAACUAAUGCUCUUAUCACGUUUCAGUCCUUAAUGAAUGAUCUUUUCAGACCUUACCUUCUUCAAUUCAUACUCGUAUUUUUUUAUGAUAUUUUUGUGUACAAUCCAAAGGAGGAUGAGCAUUUCCAGCACCUGCGCCUAGCCUUGUCGGUAUUACAGUAGCAUGAUCUACAUGCCAGACAAUCAAAAUGUGUAUUCGAAGCAAAUCAGAUUACAUAUCUGGGUCAUGUGAUCAGUAAGGGGAAUGUUCAAAUGAAGGAGGACAAGGUGAAGGAGGUGAGGGAGAGGAAAGCACCUAGUUUGGUUAAAGAACUAAGGUCGUUUUUGGGUUUAGACUACCGAAUAUUUGUCAAGGGAUAUGGUUUAUUAGCGGCCCCUCUAAAUGAGCUGACCAAAACUGAUAAAUUCAGAUGGGGCGAGAAGGAGCAAGCAGCUUUUGAGACACUUAAACAAGCCAUCACUUCAGCGCCUGUGUUGAGAAUGCCAGAUUUCGAAGUUCCAUUUUACAUCGAGACUGAUGCCUCAUAUCAUGGGGCGGGAGCUGUAUUAGGCUAAGAACAACAUCCAAUUGCCUUCGUCAGCAAGGCGAUGGGUCCUAACUUCAAGGCCAAAUCAGCCCAUGAGCGGGAAUUAAUGGCUAUGGUGCUGGUAAAAUGGAAACAAUAUUUAAUGGGAAGAAAAUUUGUUGUGCUGACUGAUCACAGCAGUUUAAAAUAUUGUUUGCAGCAAGCUACCUUGACCCAGGCCCUACAGCUAUGGCUCCUCAAACUCAUGGACUUUGAUUUUGAAGUCCAAUACAGGAAAGGGAAGGAGAAUGUAACAGCUGAUGGACUGUCUCGUCCAAGGGCUGAGCCAAAAGAAGUAUUGAUGGCGUUUUGACAGGUGCAGGUGGACUUAUGGACAAUGAUAAAGCAAGCCCAUCAGCAAGCGGAGUCUGUGCAUAGGAUAAGAGAAAAAUUGGACAACAGCCCAAUCCAAACAUAUGGGUAUGUAUGGAGAUCCUUAUUUGUAUUAUUAAGGCAAGAUUUACAUUCCUCCAGAGACUGAAAUUCCGCAGAAUUUACUAGAGCAUUAUCAUGAUUCAAAGACAGCAGGGCUCACAGGGAUAGAGAAAACAUAUAGACACAUCAAGAGCAUGUUCUAUUGGCUAGGGAUGAAAAAGGCCAUCGCCAAUUACAUAAAAAACUUCCACAUCUGCCAACAAAAUAAAUAUGAAGCUAGGAAGCCCGCCUGACUGUUACAACCCCUGCCUGUACCAGAGUUAAUAUGGGAAGAUAUUUCCAUUGAUUUCAUAGGACUUAUAGUAUCGAGAGGAAAAUGAGUCGUUUUCAUGGUGGUGGAUCGACUGACGAAGUAUGCACACUUUAUUGCAUUAGCCCAUCCAUUUUCUGCUAAAUCAGUAGCCAAGGCAUUUCAGGAGCAAGUAGGGAAGCUACAUGGAGCUCCCCGUUCGAUAGUAAGUGAUCGGGAUUCUCUCUUUGUAAGUAGUUUUUUGAGAGAAUAUUUCCAUGUACAGGGCAGCAAACUGCAAAUGAGUACUGCCUACCACCCGCAAUCUGAUGGACAAAUAAAAAUUGUUAAUAAAAGCUUGGAGACGUACCUGCAUUGCUUUGCAGGGCAAGCGACCAAGAUUGUGGGUGGAUUACCUGUCAUGGGCAAAAUAUGCUUCAUAGGGUGGCACUCGUCCACAUGGACCACCCCAUUUGAAGUUGUUUAUGGGAGAGCCCCUCCCGAUCUGAGAAGAUAUCGACCAGGGACCGCUAAGGAGGAGGUUGACACACAACUAAGGUGCAGGGAUGCAAUUUUGAAGGACCUUAAACAACAUUUGGCCGUGGCCAGCAAUCAUAUGGUGCUGCAAUAUAACAGGCGCCACCGAGACCAGCAGUUCAAGGUAGGACAACGGGUGUACCUUAGAAGACCACCCCAUGGAUUGAGAACCAAGUCAAUGCAAGGCUGGCAUCUCGUUUUGUAGGUCCUUACCUUAUCACAAGGUGGGAGCUUUAGCUUAUGAAUUACAGCUACCAGUAGGCAGCCAAAUCCACCCUGUGUUUCAUGUGUCGAAAAUCAAGGCAUGCCAAUAAUUCUCACAGCUGAAGAGGUAAAUCUAGCACCAGCUUUGUAAGACACACCAGCAUUGUUCCCUUAUCGCAGAUUGGGCUCGCGCAAGGUAAAAAGGAAUAACAGCAAAAUUACUGAAUGGUUCAUUGAGUAGAGCAGCUACGAGGACUUAAUACCUGGGAACUUGCAGAAGAUUCCCUGAAUUCACACCUUGAGGACAAGGUGUUACUGUAAAGGGGGAAUACUUGUUAGGCGUCUGUUGAGUUGAUGCUUUCGUUUGUUUCUUAGUUGAAUAAAGGAACGGGUUAGUGGGUCAGUAAUUGGAUCCAGUACACGA